CUCUUAAAACCCUGCGCUCGGAUGCGAUGCGCAUCUCAGCAAUGUAGAAUUCGGACAGAUCGCGACAUGUCACGUGUGCAGGACACCCGCGUCACGUGAGAUGACGUCCUCAGCCGCAUCCAUCGAGCUCCAUCAUACCUCUUACGCUGAGCUUUAUCUUGUAGAGAUUAUUCUAAAUCUCAAGACUUCUUUCUGUCCAGAUUUGAGACAUUCAAAGUGGCCCGGUAACGAUGGCGCCAAUAACCGGUGUGCCAACUUUCGGCAGUGCUCCCAUAAACCCUAAUACGGCAACUACUGCAUCCCAUGCUUCAGGGACGACUCCUCAGACGGCGUCCUCGAAUCCUGAGGCUCGUGGAGACAAUGAGGCUACAGUCACUGCUGCAGAAGCCGCGACAUCGACAUCGACGUAUCCACAAGCACAGCCAGGUGCCGUUCCAGUCCCAGGUCCAGCUCCGACGGGUGCUGUAAGUGCAUCUCUAUAUACACCCACGCCCAUUACGACCUCUCCUCCCACGACAACAACGGAUCAAAGUGCUCUGUCUCCGCCUGCUCCACAGCCGGGGUCGCGCCCUAUUCCUCCACCUGCAGCAUCGCAGUCAGCAGGAGCCAAUGACCUGCCUCCACCUCCAAAGGUCGGCGAGGUGCCCAAACCCGCAUCGUACUAUACGCGAGCGACGCCACCAACAGCAACGGCUGGCACUGGCACUGGCUUUGGAUAUACCACCCAGGCAACGCCUGCACAGGGCCUGAACGUCCCAAAUUCAACUUCUACUCCGUAUAAUACGAUGUAUCAACCUCCUGCGAAUAACACGCAGCUCCCGACCUAUAAUUAUGGUGCUGCAAGCAGAGGACCAGGUGGAGAUGUAUUCCAGGACGAAGAGGAAGGAGUAGGUCAGGCAAUAUGGAAGACUGCGAAGUCGUGGGUGCAGACGGCGGGAUCGAAGCUUGCGGAGGUGGAGGCUGAGGUAUGGAAGAGGGUUGGUUAGGUUGAUAUGGUGUACUUUCUAAAUUCGAUGAUGGGUUCAUUUGCUUUGCUUGGGAAAGAAGAGAUGAGAUGAGCGAGUGAAUGGAUGGAUGGAUUGCUAGCGAUAGGAUAUUGCCUUGGGUAGGAUUCGUGGUUUCUAUAGUCUCGAUCAGUCUUGUGGUCCUUGUGAUAUGAUACCGAUACUUACCAUGCAGGACAUGGGCGGGCGUUAGUGAUUCAAUAUACACAGAUUACAAUUAUCUUUUUCCUGGGUAUAUAUAUUUUUUAUGUGUAUAUGAUUAUGGGCUAAAG